UUUAUUUUAAGUUGCUUUUUAAAGAAGGAAAGCUCAUGGUGCAAAUUGUAAUUUCUAGUGCAGGGGCAGAAGGCCUUGCAGAAUGGGUGCUGAUGGAGCUACAGGGGGAGAUCGAGGCUCGCUACAGCACUGGAUUAGCCGGAAACCUCCUGGGAGACCUACAUUACACCACUGAGGGAGUUCCUGUGCUGAUCGUGGGGCAUCAUAUCCUGUAUGGGAAAAUCAUCCAUCUGGAGAAGCCAUUUGCAGUUCUUAUCAAACACACUCCUGGGGAACAGGACUGUGAUGAGCUUGGCCAUGAGCCUGGCACCACCCAGUACCUGGUGACAGCACUCAUCAAAGACAAGAUCCUUUUCAAAACCCGCCCCAAGCCCAUUAUCACCAACGUCCCCAAGAAAGUAUGAAAGAACCGCGGAUUUUCCCUA